CCAAACCGAGCACGCGCAGAGGGCGGGGCGCUCCGGGCCUCCAGGUCUCGCAGGCCCCGCCUCCGGCCCGCCCCCUCGCGGCUGGGUUCGCUGUGGGGCGGAGAUAUUCGCCGCCAGGGCUUCCGUCCGGACGCUGUACUGCACCACACGAGGACGCACGGAAGGCGUCCCACUCGCUGGCCUGGCUCCGGGAUGGCCCCCAAAUUCCCAGACUCUGUGGAGAAGCUCCGCGCCGCCGGCAAUGAGAGUUUCCGCAACGGCCAGUACGCCGAGGCCUCCGCGCUCUACGGCCGCGCGCUGCGGGUGCUGCAGGCACAAGGUUCUUCAGACCCAAAAGAAGAAAGUGUUCUCUACUCCAACCGAGCAGCGUGUCAUUUGAAGGAUGGAAACUGCAGAGACUGCAUCAAAGAUUGCACUUCAGCACUGGCGUUGGUUCCCUUCAGCAUUAAGCCCCUGCUGCGGCGAGCAUCUGCUUAUGAGGCUCUGGAGAAGUACCCUAUGGCCUAUGUUGACUAUAAGACUGUGCUGCAGAUUGAUAAUAGUGUGACGUCAGCCCUAGAAGGCAUCAACAGAAUGACCAGAGCUCUCAUGGACUCUCUUGGGCCCGAAUGGCGCCUGAAGCUGCCCUCUAUCCCUUUGGUGCCUGUUUCAGCCCAGAAGAGGUGGAAUUCCUUGCCUUCGGAGAACCACAAAGAGAAGGCUAAAAGCAAAUCCAAAGAAACCACAGCUACAAAGAACAGAGUGCCUUCUGCUGGGGAUGUGGAGAAAGCCAAAGUUCUGAAGGAAGAAGGCAAUGAGCUUGUAAAGAAGGGAAACCAUAAGAAAGCUAUUGAGAAGUACAGUGAAAGCCUCUUGUGUAGUAACCUGGAAUCUGCCACAUACAGCAACAGAGCGCUCUGCUAUUUGGUCCUAAAGCAGUACACAGAAGCAGUGAAGGACUGCACAGAAGCCCUCAAGCUGGAUGGAAAGAACGUGAAGGCAUUCUACAGACGGGCUCAAGCCCACAAAGCACUCAAGGACUAUAAAUCCAGCUUUGCAGACAUCAGCAACCUCCUACAGAUUGAGCCUAGGAAUGGUCCUGCACAGAAGUUGUGGCAGGAAGUGAAGCAGAACCUACACUAAAAUCCCAACAGGGCAGCCGGAACCCCUGCCUGACCUUACCCAGAGAAGCCACGGGCCACCUGCUCUGUGCCCACUCCUGAAACCCAGCAUGCCCCAAGUGAGCUCUGAAGCCCCCUCCUCAGCCCUUUGAUGGCCUUCCACCCUGUAAGAGGCGUUGCUUGUUCAAAUUAAGCUCAGUGUAGUCAAACACAGACAUGGUGGUUGCGCCAGAAAGGUCCCCACUAGGGCUAAGCGUGAAGCUGAAGCCCUGUCUCCAUUCCCCCAACCCAGCUAGCUGACCACACCAACAGAUCCUCAUCAGCAAAGCAGUUGGCUUUGUCCUGCCCAAGUGUGCUGCAGACUGAGUGCUGCCCUUGUGGCUUCCCCAGACCCCACCUCACUGCAGUUCAUCUGAACAACCUGAGCUCCCGGGCAGGGGUGGAAGGAGGGGGAUAAACCUAAGGCCCUGAUCCAAAGCAGCCUGUUGAGCUGGUUCUCCAGGGCUGCAGUCUCUCCAGGUGUACAGCUGCUGUCCCUGCCCUGCCCUGUCCUGUCCUUUCCUUGCACAGUCUCCUGUAUCUGAGCCCCAGUGCCUUCUGUUCAGGCCCUGCUUUGGUGGGAAGGCGGAGCCCUGACCCUUGGACAGCUGUCCUUGACUCUGUGCUGCUGCCUUCCGCAGAGAGGCACCUAGGCUGAUGAAAGGGCCCAGUGAUUGUGGCCGCUCCUCCUCGAGGUAGGAGUGGGAGAGAGGCCUCCUUGGUCAGUGUCCUGCUUUCUGGGCAGGGACUUGGCUUUUUGUUCCAACAGUGGCCUUCUCCGGGCUUCAUAGUUCUUUGUAAUAUGUUGAAGUUAAUUUGAACUGACUGAUUUUGUUGAAUUGUGUGUUUAAGCUGUUGCAUUAAAAGGCUUUCUUCUACAUCAGUGUCUGCUGUGCUUUCAUUUAUGCCUUUUCAGCUUUGCACCUGGAACUUUGUAGUAAUAAUAAAAGCUUAUUGCUUACUGGGCAUUCA